CGGCCGCGAGACUACAACUCCCGGCGUGCCCCGCGAGGUAGGCGCCGGCCUCUGAGGGCGACAGCGAGGGGCUGACUGGCCGUUCCCCGCGGGGCGGGAGUGAGGAGGAUUUUACAUGGAGAUAGCCACUGUCUCUGAAUUAGGCAGAUUGGGUGUUGUCAACAUACCCCAAUUGAAGUGAUUCAUACCCACCAAGGAGAGCAAUAAUGCAGGUGUGCUGGCUAGUGAGGAAAGAUAAAUGCUGUCAGAGAAUCAAACUGCCACACUUAAAAACAGUAGUGAUAGGACGUGGCCCAGAGACGGAGAUAACAGACAAGAAGUGUUCACGGCAACAAGUGCAGCUAAAAGCGGACUGUAAUAAAGGGUAUGUCAAGAUCAAACAGAUGGGAGUUAACCCAGCCAGUGUUGACUUGGUGGAUAUUGGCAAGGAUGAAGAAGUGAAGCUGAAGCCAGGACAGGUUCUACAUCUUGUGAAUAAACUUUACCCCUAUAUUAUACAAUUCUUGGAAGUCACAGAGGUGUCUGGCGCACGAGCAGAAGGGAAGACAAAAGCAAACAAGAGACCAUACAUAGACUCUGGGAAUAGUAACAUGAAAAACAUGUCUGAAAAAAGUAUGAAAAUGGAGCUACCAGACUUGCAAGAUGGUAGUUCAAGCUGCAAGCCAAACAAUACCAGUAGUUCUUCCUCCUCUCCCCAUGACAGCUCUUCCAACCACAAGGAACAUUUAGGACAUUGGAGUCAAGGUCUGAAGAUCUCUAUGCAAGACCCAAAAAUGCAGGUUUACAAAGAUGAAAGGGUUGUAAUCAUUAAGGAUAAAUAUCCCAAAGCUCGUUACCACUGGCUAAUCUUACCCUGGGACUCCAUCUCCAGUCUAAAAUCAGUAACAAAAGAGCAUCUUGAAUUACUAGAACACAUGCAUGCUGUUGGGGAAAAGCUGAUCCAACAAUGCCUGCAUAAAGAUAGCUUGGAGUUCCGAUUGGGUUACCAUGCAGUUCCCAGCAUGAGGCAAGGAAGAGAACACUGGAGUGUGAUCUGCCAGGAGGAAGUCGGGCUGUGGCUGUUCUGGAUCGCAAAGAGUACCACUCUGAUAGUCGAUCACUUACCCCACUUUCUUCACGUACAUCUCCAUGUAAUCAGCCAGGAUUUUGAUUCCCCUUGCCUUAAAAACAAAAAGCAUUGGAAUUCUUUUACUACAGAAUACUUCUUAAACUCUCAAGAUGUGAUAGAGAUGGUAAAGACCAAAGGAAAAGUUCUGGUUAAAGAAGGGACCUCUGAGCUCCUCAAGUUGCCCCUCAGAUGUCAUGUGUGCAAGCAACACCAGUCUACCAUUCCACAGCUAAAGGAACAUCUCAAGAAACAUUGGCCAAAGUAACUGUAAAAAUCACUCUGAAUGCUGAUCGGUCUAAGGCUAAAAACAAUCCCCCAAAACUUUUUGUCAAGUUGCACAGAUUUUUGUUUUUAGCUGAAUUACAAAUUCAAUCCUGGAAAGGUUCCUUGCUAGUACAAACAGCAUACGACUGACACUUCUUUAUUAACUUUUCAGAAGACAAAUAAAGUAGCCUCAAGUUCA